GCUUAUGCGGGUAACAUGGGAGGUUACAAGAACGAAGGCUUUGUUGAAGUUCUUGCGGCUUAGCAGAGCCCCGAGAAUCCCAACUGGUUCCAGGGGACGGCUGAUGCGGUGAGACAGUACCUGUGGCUCUUUGAGGAACAUAAUGUCUUGGAGUUUUUGGUUCUUGACGGAGACCAUUUGUAUAGGAUGGAUUAUGAGAUGUUUAUUCAGGCACACACAGAGACUGAUGCGGAUAUCACUGUGGCUGCACUGCCAAUGGAUGAACAGAGAGCCACUGCUUUUGGUCUGAUGAAGAUCGAUGAAGAAGGACGGAUUAUUGAAUUUGCUGAGAAACCCAAAGGGGAGCAACUCAAAGCUAUGAAGGUUGAUACUACCAUUUUGGGUCUUGAUGAUGAGAGAGCCAAGGAGAUGUCUUACACUGAUUUUAGAAAUUGUGGGUACACUUGGUCCUAAAUCUCGAUCGGUGAUGUUAUUUCUGGUUGCCUGAAAGCUGGAAUGUCCGGUAUGAGAUUUUCAACCUAUUUGAUUUCAUAUAUUUUUGGUUUUUUUAACUAAUUAAAGAAUGAAUAACUGCUUUUGUGAAGCUUUUCAGUCUGUUGGGCUUGGUUGGAUUUUUGACAUGGGGUUUUGAAAUUAUUCAUGGGUUUUUUGUUUUAUUGAAGGAAAAUUGUGUUAGGAUUGGAUUUAGGUUUUUGGUCGAGAAUUUUAGAUGUUUUUUUAUUUAGUUUUUAUUACUUUGUUUGUAGUGGGUUUUAUUUUUUUUAAAUCUGAUUAUGUUGUUUGUAGUGAGUUUAUUUUCAAUCUGAGAAUGGUUUGGCAUAGGUGGAUUUAUGUGUUACUAUAUUUUUUGUAUGUGCAUGUUAUAUUAAGUAUUAAUGUGUUAUUUUUUAGAGGCAAGUAUAGGUUUUAAAAGUUUUUGUUGUUCUUUUAUAAAGGUUGCAUGGUUUUUUUAAUAAAAUUAUGUAACAUUUUAACAAUCCCAAGUAUUAAUGGGUUAGCUCUAGAUCUAAGAAUUUUAUUUAUGCAUUGUUAGCAUUAUUUGUUUGAGUAUUAUUUAAUCU